UGGUGCUUCCGUAGCGUUGCAGUGGUGUGGUGAGGAUGUCUGGUCGCGGCAAGGGCGGGAAGGGCCUGGGCAAGGGGGGCGCCAAGCGCCACCGCAAGGUGCUGCGCGACAACAUCCAGGGCAUCACCAAGCCCGCCAUCCGGCGGCUGGCCCGGCGCGGCGGCGUCAAGCGCAUCUCCGGCCUCAUCUACGAGGAGACCCGCGGGGUGCUCAAGGUGUUCCUGGAGAACGUGAUCCGGGACGCCGUCACCUACACGGAGCACGCCAAGCGCAAGACGGUCACGGCCAUGGACGUGGUGUACGCGCUCAAGCGCCAGGGCCGCACCCUCUACGGCUUCGGGGGCUAAGUGUCGCCGUUCACGCUACCGAAAGCAUGCGAUUCUCACCCAAAGGCCCUUUUCAGGGCCACCUCCCUUGUCCUCCAAAAGCGCUGUCCACUUCGUGUUCCCCAGUCGCUGUUGAGCCAGGUUAAGCAGUUGGCUGCAUUUUGCGGUUUUGAAGUGAAAUUGAUUUGACAACCAACACUCUGCAUUUCUGGUGCUCUCCGAUAAUGAAAGCCGAUCCAGAACAGCCUGUGCUAAGUUGUGGAUUUGAAUAUAUGUCCCUGCCGUGUUUCAGAGGGAUUCCCUGUCCUGCGUGGCUGGUUUCUUUCUGAGCCCACCAGAACCUUCUAUUGUACUCCCGGUUAGUGUUCUACAGAUUUGUUUCUGAUCGUGCUGCUUCUUUAUCCCGAGUAGUCUUUGGCUUGCUUACAAGUCCAUUUAAAUUUGCGUUAACAGAUGGUUGAAUUCCUGCUAGUGAAGCAUUGUGCUUUUCGACCCCAAACCUUCGUGGUUCAGAUCCCACCUUUGCGUCAGGAAAUGCGUGCUCAACUAGCAGCUCGCAGAUGGGUUACACAUUGUUCUCAGGGUCUGUAAACCUUGAGUCUCAGACUGUCAACAUUGCCACCGUGUGUUAACAAUGGGUCUGAUUUUGUGAAGAUUCUUGCGGGACCGUUGUGCUGUGUCAACUGGUCUAUUUCCAAUAAAAUGUGUUCCCUGGAAUGCAAAGGCAUAGCUGAAUAGGUGGGUCUGUCACUUUAGGCGACAUGUCCUGGCUUUUCUGGCAGCUGAAGUUAGGUUGUGGCACGGGGGCCCAAGGUGAGUCAGAAGUCACUCCCAGGUUUGGGCUUUAAAACUUCCCCUCUUAUCUGGUAAGAAGGAGUUGACCUUGUUUGAUCUAGGAGAAACAUCAGGUCCUUAGGGAAUGGUAAAACAAUGACUUGAAGGAAAAAGAGUCCUGGAUUGAUCAGGAAGAGGUAGAUUAAUCACAAGGAUCUGUCCCGUGUGACAUGAAGAACUGUCUUUAAGCUAAUGUAUUGUGGAGACUGUUAGAGCCACUUAACAUUUCAAACCAAAUACGGUUUGGGUUUCUCAAUUUCUGUAGCAGUGUGGACAGUCCUCUAUGGACAUGAACAUGCUUUUAAGGGAAGCUGAUUCCAAGUGGGGCCGUUUCCUUGGUAUGUGUGCCACUGUGUUCCAUUCUGCACAAAACACGAAAUGGAAUAAUAAUAAUAAUAAUAAUAAUAAUAAUAAGGGCUUAUUAUGUGUUAGAAACGCGUGGACUGCGCAAACAUCUUAGCCAUUGUAAUGUGGGAUUUGAAAGUACUGUCUUCCUUUGGUAGAGUUGAUCUUCACAAUAAGUGGACCACAGACUCCUUUGAGAAUCUGUUAGGGGGCUCAAGUCCCCUCCGAGGCUCAUUCAGGGAAACCCCAGGGCUCCCUGGAUUCUUGUCAACAACCUGGAGUCUAGGACUUCAGGAUCUGGGAUCUAGAGAUGCAGAACUGAAGAGAGGAAAGGGCAGACCUAAUACAGAGAGCGCAUAUUGAACGAUAAUAUCCCAAUUUAUUCACUACGGGCCGUAGGCGUAUCUAUUCUCGAGAAGUGAGUUUGGAAAUGCAAGCUAGCCCCAUCUGAGAAAUUAUGAUUUUCAGAGGCCUGAAGUCCAAACUGACUGAAUCACACACGAUUUGGGAGUAAAUGAAAACAAUGAGGCAUGGAUUUGCAGCCCGGUUCAGGAAGAAGUCCAUGAAUCUUCUUAGUUAAGGCCCUUUGAACUUCCAUUGCCAGUCUUGAAAAAUAUAUUAACAAGGCGUAAGAAUGCAGUCGUCUACGUCCUUGAGCAAUUCAUAUAUUAAGUUUACAAGUUUCCAUUAUCCCUUAAGAAAUAAAGAAACUGGACACCUGA